AUGCAGUUCAGGCAGCAGACGGCCCAGCUGUGGACACGAGUGCCUGACAGCCAAGUCACUGCGCUUAUGACCAAGCUUCUUGCAAUAGAGGUGGACACACCAGAGAAAUUCAGCUCAACAGCUGAUGUAGUGAUACGCUUGCUGGAUACCAAUGACAAUGUCCCAAAGUUCUCCUCCGACUACUACAUUGCCAGGAUCCCCGAGAACUCCCCGGGUGGCUCAAACGUAGUUGCUGUUACAGCUACAGAUCCAGAUUCAGGGCUUUGGGGAGAAGUCAAGUACUCUAUCUAUGGAACAGGAGCAGAUCUGUUCCUAAUCCACCCAUCAACAGGUAUAAUUUACACCCAGCCCUGGGCUGUACUAGAUGCUGAAGUGAACUCAAAGUACAAUUUUUAUGUGAAGGCAGAGGAUGCAGAUGGGAAAUACAGCUUGGCUGAAGUGUUCAUCACUGUGCUAGAUGUCAAUGACCACUCUCCAGAGUUCAAUGAAAACAUCCAGGAAAAGACGAUGAUCAUUGGGUCACCGGUGAAGAUAGAGGCUAUAGAUCAAGAUGCAGAAGAACCCAACAACAUUGUAGAUUAUUCCAUCAUGCAAGCAGAUCCAGCCAACGUGUUUGAUAUAGACCAAAGCACUGGGGAAAUCAAGCUGAAAUCCUAUAUCCGUUCCCUGGACAUCAUCCACAACAUCACAAAGAACAAAGACUGCAUAUGGUCAGUGGUGGUGCAGGCCAAAGACCGAGGCUCCCCGUCCUUCAGUACCACGGCAGUUCUGAAGAUUGAUAUUACAGAGGAGGAGAAGAAAAUAAUCUUUUUCCCCUACAAAAA